CUUUCUCGCAAUAUCAAUGUCUAGGUCGGGACACCCCACUAGUGUACACGUACAGUACAUUGACAGGCUAUGAAGUUGACACUCUCCUUGACACUGCUAUUUGCUACGGCUGCACUCGGUGACUUUGAAACCAAGUGCAAGCCGCCGGCAGAUCGUGGCCCCUGCAGUGCCCGCAUCCCACUGUGGGCUUUCAACGCAACAAGAAACCGAUGCCAGCGCUUCUACUACGGAGGCUGUGACGGGAACGAGAACAAGCACUACACGAGGAAUCAAUGCGAACUCACCUGCCUCCAAUCCGAUGCUUCUAGAGAUGGCGCAAGACCACAGGAGCUGCGAGAAUUCAGCAACGACAUUUUGCCAGUACCUGAUGUUCCGAAUCUCAUGUGGUCCGUUCUUACUAACCCGGCCUGCCUUCUUCCUCCGGACCGCGGCAUGUGUUCCGGCUACGAUCAUCGCUUUUUCUACGAAGCCGGCCUCAGAACGUGCCAAGGAUUCGUCUACGGAGGCUGCGGCGGCAAUGCCAACAAUUUCGCCAGCCUCGACCAGUGCUAUGAAGCCUGCAGUCCGAGGCAACGUCUGCUGCCGCGUACAUAAUGUCACUGAGUGCACUGGCAAAUGUGCUGUCGCCGAUUUCGAAGGAGAUGCUCGUAGAAUAAAAAUCCGAGGACACCUUAAGCA